GAAUGUGUAGCGCGAGUCAUUGCCCGUCUUCUCACCGACCUACUUUACAGCAAGCUGCACAGUUUUUAACUUCUAAUGUCGCGCUGCUAAUUGUUGUGUUGAACGAUUAAAUAUCUGAAGAGACUACUGAGGGCAGGACCCUAUCUACUACUCAAAUAAAAUAUGCCCCGUAGAAAGAGAAAUGCAGGGAGCAGCUCUGAUGGAACUGAAGACUCAGACUCUUCUGCUGACCUUGAACAAGCAGACAGCUCUGAGAGCGAGGCGAACACCCAUAAGAAUGCACGGCUGACCCGUUCUUCAUUGCGACUCAGCCAGAGUUCACAAGACCUUAAGCACCCUGUGGACCAAGAUGAGUCACCACCACGGACACCCACAGGGAACGCCCCCUCCUCAGAGUCUGACAUCGACAUCUCCAGCCCCAGCGCCUCUCACGAUGAGAGCCUGGCGAAGGACCUUUCCCUGAAAGACUCGGGCAGCGACCUCUCCCACAGGCCCAAACGCCGCCGUUUCCAUGAAAGUUAUAACUUCAACAUGAAGUGCCCCACUCCCGGCUGCAACUCUUUGGGCCAUCUUACAGGAAAACAUGAAAGGCAUUUCUCAAUUUCUGGAUGUCCACUCUAUCAUAACUUGUCUGCAGAUGAAUGCAAGGUCAGAGCUACCAACCGUGACAAACAGGUGGAAGAGAAAACCUUGUUUCAUCGGCAGGAAGAGAACAACAGACAUGCGACACGACACCAGGUGCCCACGGAGAGGCAGGUGAGGUACAAGGAGAAGGUGAUGGAAGUGAGAAAGAAGAGGAACUCUGGCUUGACGAAGGAGCAGAAGGAGAAGUACAUGAUUCCUGGUGAUUUCUCAACCCAACUGGAGCAUCGUCAGACCCACAGCAACACCAGGGAGCCCAUCCUGGAAAACAUUACGAGUGAAUAUGACCUGGAACUCUUUCGAAAAGCCCAGGCACGUGCUUCGGAGGAUCUUGAGAAACUACAUCUCCAGGGCCAGAUCACGGAGGGCAGCAACAUGAUCAAGACCAUCCUGUUUGGUCGGUUUGAGCUGGACACCUGGUAUCACUCUCCCUACCCAGAGGAGUAUGCCCGCCUGGGACGCCUCUAUAUGUGUGAAUUCUGCUUGAAGUACAUGAAGAGUCAGACCAUCCUGCGCCGCCACAUGGCAAAGUGUGUGUGGAAGCACCCGCCUGGAGAUGAGAUCUACAGGAAAGGGCUCAUCUCAGUGUUCGAAGUGGACGGCAAGAAGAACAAGAUCUACUGCCAGAACCUGUGCCUGCUUGCCAAGCUGUUUUUGGACCACAAGACAUUGUAUUAUGAUGUAGAGCCUUUCCUCUUCUACGUUAUGACUGAGGCCGACAACACUGGUUGUCACCUAGUCGGGUAUUUCUCCAAGGAGAAGAACUCCUUCCUAAACUACAAUGUGUCCUGCAUCCUGACAAUGCCACAGUACAUGAGGCAGGGCUAUGGCAAGAUGCUGAUCGAUUUUAGUUACCUGCUGUCGAAGGUAGAGGAGAAGGUGGGUUCCCCUGAACGACCACUUUCAGACCUGGGCCUCAUUAGUUACCGGAGCUACUGGAAGGAGGUGCUACUGCGAUACCUGCAUAACUUUCAGGGCAAGGAGAUCUCCAUCAAAGAGAUAAGUCAGGAGACAGCUGUGAACCCUGUAGACAUCGUCAGCACACUGCAGUCCCUACAGAUGCUUAAGUAUUGGAAGGGAAAGCAUUUGGUCCUGAAGAGGCAGGACCUGAUCGAUGAGUGGAGAGCAAAGGAGACCAAACGAGGCAACAACAACAAGACCAUUGACCCCACUUCUUUAAAAUGGACACCACCCAAAGGAACGUAGGGUUUGCAGCUGAACCCAGUAAAACCACUGUUACUCAGCUAGCAAACCUGUCAGUGGUAGAUGUACUGUUGUCGCCACUCGGAGCAGGGCUAAUUUCUGCUCCCUGAGUGCCACCUACUGGAGGCACAGGAAAAACUUCAAUUUGUUUUUUUAGUUUUUUUUUUUUAUUUGUGGUUUGGUUUGUUUCUUGGUUUAACUUUGAUGUCAAUAUCUUGUCCAUUUUCAUUAUUAUUUACUUACCUUUAUUUUAAUGCUGUUUUAGGUUUCAGAAUUUGCAUGGAUUGUUUUAAUAUUGAAUGUGAUUUUCAAUUAGGACCUUGUCAGUACAAUCAGAUGAAAGUCCCGGUAGAUGGAGAGCCCGCUGAGUAUUAUCCUGUGCAGAACAGUCAGAUUUGUUGCUCAUAAGAUUAUAAGUGUGAAGGUUUUAUUGUAUUUUUACUGCAAGUUGUAAGUAGAGAUAUGUGAAUCAUGCCAUCAUGCAGUGGAAUCCACUCUCACUUAUUUUUCUGCUGGGUAAAACUUGAGCCGUAAAAGAGUCACUAUAUUCUGAAUGAAAGGCAAAUAGUAACCAUUAAUUUUUUGAUGUAUUUUAAAAUAAUUUUUUAUUUUUAAUUGUGAAAAGCAAAUGCAUCUGAAAUCAACAAGUUGAAUGUUUUUGGCCUGUGUUUUUUCAUCUUUAUUUUGUUUAGCAUUUCAUUCAUACAUGACCAAGUCCUCAUUAAUUUUUAAAACGAUUUGGUAUUCCAUCUUGGAAAUAUGUUGUCCUUGUUUGAUUUCCUGCCUGUCCAAAUAAUUUUACAACAUAUUCUUUGACUGGUCCUUUUGCACACCUUGGGGUAAAUUAUAUUGAGUAAGGCUUGUCUGUUUUUUAUGCUCUGCUUUUUUUAAUGAGAGCAGGGAGUAGAAAGAUGUCUGAUAAAGGUCAUUAUUGAUACUCAGGGUGACUGUAGAGAGUCUUACUAAAACCUGCCUUUCAGAGCACUGGUUAGUGAAAGGUCUUGUUUACAGCUCAGCAGUGUCCUGCACACUGUUAGCAGUUGCUCCAGGUAACCACGUUGCCUUCAUUUUAUGACUGGAUGUGAAAAGGCACUAAUGAGAGGAUCCACCAUUGAUCACAGCCUGUUCUCAUCUUGUUAGAAAUGUGUUACCAUGCAUAUACCCAUGAAUGUUCAUGCUCUUAAUUCAGUGAAAUACUCAAAUGUGUUCCUGUAAGUGAAAGUCCUGGAAGAUUGCCCAGAUCUAAGAAACAAGUCACUUGUUAUGUAAUUAUCAGUCUUUCUUCCUAAGUCUCAAGCUUGAAGGAAUUUAAUGUUAAGAAAUGAGCUGAUUAUAGAACUUUAACAUUAGGAGGAGUGCUUUCUGUGCUGCUGGGGACCCGGACUGUCUCAGAGCGCCCGCUACCAGUAGUUAUUGUUCCAUAGAACAUCCAAAUGUGUGUCUCAUGGACACACAUUAACCCCUUUUUUCAAAUUUGAAUUGAAAAGUAAUGUAAAAUAUGAAACUGAAUUUGGUAUGAACCGUGAGAAGUGUAUCACCAUGAAGACAGCAGUGAUUCACACUGCCAUUAAUACUUAAAGGAAGGUAAGUGGGUUUCCCAAAAUCAUAUAACUGGUUCAUUGAAUUGGCAAGACUCACAUUUUGAAACAACUGUCAGUUUCAAUAAUCCAAACGGUAUCGAUCAGUUGUUUGCUCCCUGGAGCUGUCUUAAUACAACUGGCUAUCAAUCUGAUUUGCAGUAGUACUUUGAUAAUGACACGCAACCAGGAUGAAUUUGUUGUGCACGUGAACGUUUGCAGUACAUGCAUUUUUGGCACACAUCUGUCCACCAAUGAGAAAAUGGAUUUGGAAAUGUUUUGAAGAAAACUUUUUUGCUGUCUAGCUAUUUUAAUGAUAGCUAGCAGUUAGCUUCAAAACUACCAAGCAUUUCAUCAUCAUGGAUUUGGUGAAAUAUUUUUGGCCAUGUAUGCUAAAUAAAAUGUGGUGUUGCUAUUG